AUGGUUUUAGUGGGAAACAGUUCGAGGGUCUCUCUUGGAGAGCUCGGUAAGGGAAAUCAUGAGGAAACAGAUUCAAAGCGCAACCUGCAACUGGGUACCUUCCGUCUGUCAAACUCUUCUGGCACCAUUGUAACGAGAAACAUUAAGGCUAUUUUCAAGAGAUCAGGUUUUAUCAACUCACCUAGAGAGUCAUCCAUCACAGAUCACGCUGGACCCAUGACAUAUGCACAUUCCUAUAACGAUGCAGUAAGUUAUUUCAUUUCGAUGAACGCUGAACCAAGUCUAAAGGAUUCCCUGGCCUCUAUGAGGAACGGCUUGUGCCUGAGGAGAAUUAAUAGGAGGAAGCAAGUGAUGUAUAUAUUCAAGUUGGAGAAUGACGAGGCGAUUACGUGGAGAGAUGGGGCUAAGAGAUUAGAGCUGGACUCUAUCAAAGACAUACGUACGGGCAAUAUGGCCAGCAAUUAUCGAGAAGAAUAUGGGGUCUCGAGUAAAGUGUCCGAUUUUUGGGUCACAAUCAUAUAUACUGUAUGCAACAAGCUGAAGGCUUUGCAUGUGGUGGCUGAAAACGAGCAUGAUUUUUCGCUGUUCUUUAACUGCGUCUGCGGAUUGGUGAAAUCAAGGAGAGAAUUGAUGGAAAGCAUAUCGGUGCCUGAUAAUGAAAAGUUUGCUAACUUUCAUUGGCAUCGAACGGUCUCUGAUAGAAAGGAGGACGAAACUAAGGAUACGCUUACAUUUGAAGAUGUCAAGAGACUUUGCAAUAAGUUUCACAUCUACUGCUCGUCCAACCAUCUGCUUAAAUUCUUUGUGAUCGCUGAUGUCAAUCACAACGGACUUUUGAACUUUCAAGAGUUUCAGACCUUUGUUAAACUGCUCAAGGAACGGCCAGAAGUGCGGAAAAUCUGGAACACAGUUACGAAAGGAACCAAGGGGAUGGAUUUUGAGAUGUUCUACCGCUUCUUAAGUGAUGUUCAAAGGGAGAACAUAUCCAGAGAGAAAGCGUACCAAAUUUUUGCCCAGUUUAGAAAGCCAAAGCAUUCCUUACUUUAUGAAGAGGAUUUUGUUAAGUUUUUGGGAGGGCAGCCGUAUGUCAGAGGUAUCGAGGAAGACUACACUAAACCGCUUAAUCAUUAUUUCAUAGCAUCAUCACACAAUACUUACCUGCUGGGAAAACAGGUGGGGGAGACGCCGUCGGUUGAAGGAUACGUCCAUGUUUUACAGCAAGGAUGCAGGUGCAUUGAAAUCGACAUUUGGGAUGAUGACAUGGGCCCAGUCGUGUGUCAUGGUUUUCUGACAGCUGCGAUUCCUCUGAUCAACGUCGUGGAAAUAAUUAAAAAAUACGCAUUCAUCACAUCACCAUUUCCUUUGAUAAUAUCCCUAGAAAUCAAUUGUAACAAGGAAAAUCAAAUCAUUGCCAAUUCAAUCUUCCAGAACUGCUUUGGUUCACUUUUGUACUAUCCAAGCGAGCCAAUGGCAGCAUUGCCCUCCCCGAUGGAACUUCGACAUAAGAUUAUUCUCAAAGGCAAGAAAACCAUAAUCACUCUGCCGCCUGGGAACGGGGGUUCUUUGAGCAAUACCGAAAGCACGUCGUCAUAUAGUUCAUCACACGAUUCGGAAACUGAAAGUACAACAAAGGGGAAGGAGAAUCAGUCCUCUUCAAGCAUACAGAGAAUGAAAAGGAUCAAGAAAAAGAAUGUCGUAGUGACAAGGGAGCUGCUGGCUACAUGCGGGCUGCAUGGUUUGAAAUUUCGCAACUUCUCUCUCCCUGAUUCGAAGACACCUGCACACUGCUUUUCUUUCGAUGAGAAGGCUUUCGAUAGCAUGCAGAAGGACAAGACUUUGGAGCUGUCUAUCGACAAGCACAACAGGCGGUUCCUUAUGCGCGUUUACCCUCAUGCGCUGAGAUACAAGUCUUCGAACUUCAAUCCCAUCAAGUUUUGGAAACUCGGGGUGCAAAUGGUCGCAGCAAACUGGCAGACCAAUGAUCUGGGUCAGCAAAUAAACCUUGCCAUGUUUCAACUAUACAACCGGAAACACGGUGUCCUUCGUUCCGGCUACGUUUUGAAGCCUGCCCGUUUACUGCCGACGGUCUCAAAGGUCUUAUCCAUUCCUCAGAUCUACAAACAAAUGCAGACCGAUCCCAUUAAGCUAGAGCUCAAGAUACUUUCGGCACAACUGUUACCCAAGCCGACAGAAAUUAAGAACUCAAAGGAGGGGUCCUUCGCUCCAUAUGUCACUGUAGAGCUGAUCAGUGAUGAAGAGCUCUCAAGCCCCCUCACCGUCAAGAGCGGCACCAAAUAUUCCGCCACUGUCGCUUGCACAGAAAACUGCAAGGAGAAUGGGUUUAAUCCUGUCUGGGACAUGACAGUACACGCUACAUUCAAGUCCUUAGACUUUGCAUUUGUGAAGUUUACAGUCAAGACUGGUGAACUGCAGUUGGCAACGUCAUGCUUCCGAUUGCAGCUUCUGAGAUCUGGCUAUAGGUCCAUCCCCCUCUACAACUCCGAAGGUGAGCUCUACAUCUUUUCCACUUUGUUCAUAUAUACAAGACUAGACUAA